CACAGCCUCGUUCUUUCACGUGUUUGUCCAGAGACCGACUAGUUGGUUAGGCUAUCUUAGUAGUAUUAAAUUUUUAAAGUUGAGUGAAAUUUAUCAAAAGAAAUAGCAAAAUAAUGUCACAGAAAGGAAGAUUCGAUUCAAGAGACAGAAGAGGAGGAGGGUAAGAGCUUUUUAUUGCAUUUCAACAGUGGUUUAUUCCGAAAUUUUUUUCAACAUUUUAGUCCGAAAAAAAUGAACAAAAAUGGUUGUCAGACUAGUGUCAGUUGCAAGUAUUUUGCAUGUGGGCGAACUUAAAAUAAUUUUUGGUCUUAAUUUUUUUGUCGGGACCAAUUUAACUUUUUAUUACUGUAACAGGAAUGUUAUUGUGAAAUCGUUGCCUUAAUUUGAUUUAAUGUGAUGUGUAUGAUGUUCGGCAUUUGUUUAAUAAAUAAAUUUGUAGUGUAGCGAUGCCGAAUGCCCAAUGAACUAUUUCUGUUACACUGUUACUGUAUUACUACUAUUUAUUAGUAUUACUAAUUAGUAUUAGUGACAAAUUAUAGUCUAUAGUUAUAGUAUAGUCUACAGUAAUUACACAUGUCCAGUUUAUUAUGGCGGCUAUUUAUUAGGCUAGUAGCAGUACACUUGGAAGACUUGGUAACAAAAAGUAUUUGACAUUUGUGACGCCCUUUCUGAGGAGUGCUCAAUAGUAGUUAAUAGACUAUAGAUUAUAGAUAGACUCAUGGUAAGUUUUAAGAAAGUAUAAGUGCUUCAGUAUUUUUCGGUACUUAAAUCUUGACAGCAUCUCCUCUUAAAUCUUGUUAUUGAAUGUGGUGUUAAUGUUAUUUCUACAGAGAUGGAGGGUCAAAAUAUGGUGGAGGUGGUGGUACACGUGACAGAGACAGCUUCAGGGGAAGAGGAGGUGGGGGAUCUGGUGCUGGAGGGGGCUUUCGAAACUCAAUGAAAGGGUCACAACCUGGUGAACGACUACGAAAGCCAAAGUGGGAUGUAGCUACACUCUCAAAAUUUGAAAAGAAUUUCUACAAAGAACAUCCAGCAGUAUCUAAUCGAUCACCUGUACGUAUAUGUUUUUUUUACAGACAAAUCUAUUUAAAAUUUAAGCCAACAGCAUUUAUAGUUCAAAAGGGUUACAAAAGAUUAUAUGUUCCUGUAAAUUUCAGAGAUUGCUGCAUUGUCUUUAAUUUUUAAUAUGGUUGAGCAAUUUGCUGCAUCUCCCUCACAUUAUUUAUAAUAAAAAAAAUGGUCAAAGUUUAUGUUGAGCUUAAGGUGGUCCAUGAUGGGUCCAAAAAAAAAUUUCUAUGUUAAUUGAGAAAAAAUUAGUACAAUCAAUACACAAACAGGACAAAAAAAAAUUUUUAUUUUAUUUUUUUACAUUUGUGACUAAUUGCAAAAAAUUGAUAAAUUCCAAUUUUGACAAUUACGCAAAAUGACAAAUUUGUAUUGCAAUAUCAUAAUGAAACUUUGCAGACACAUUAAGAAUAACAUUGAUAAAAAGUUUAAAGAAGCUUAUUACACUGCAGUUAUUGGAAGUGUUACAAAUGGCAUGUAUGUAGGGGUCACACAAAUAAGGGUUGCAAAUCUAAAAUUGUUUUGCAACUUUUUUGUUGGAUAUAUAUAUAUAUCAAAAAGCCUCUCGUAACUUGUAAAGAAUAUCAUUGAACACACUACUAUGCUAUCUCUAAACAAUCAUAACUUUUUUGUUUUUCAUCAGAAAAUGUUAAGUUUGGUAUGAAAUUAAAAUUGAAUCUAAGUGACAAAUAGAUUUGAUCUUUAACGGCUUACCAUUAUUAUUGGUAUGGUAUUUUUCUAUCUUGUUCCUGCAAGUGAAGUAGUGUAGCGGUGCUUGAAGUGACUAGUAGGGGUGUGCCGGAAUCCGGUUCCUUCGGAUUUUGCACUAUCCGGUGAAAUUCGGUUCCGCAGGAUUUACAUGUAUCUGGAACAACCGGAAUAUACAGGAUUUCGGAAUUUGACAGAUUUUGUGACUCACCGGAUCAUAAUCUGAAAUAAAAGUAAUUCUCUUUCCCGAAUUCCACACGAUCACGAUACAUUAAUCGAUUGUUUCGAGCGUUGAGCUUGUUUAAUGUUUAAUAUUCCGAACAUACCAGAGGCUAGAGUCAGCACCGCUAAUAGUGGCCAAUAGUAUAGUACCAAAAUCUGGGAGAAACCGAAAUCCGGAUUAUUCCGGAUCCGGCGGAUUUCGCACAAGAAAAUCCGGAUCCGGUUGGAAAAAACGGAUCCGGCACACCCCUAGUGACUAGGACCUGGAGUCUUUUGUUUUAGUAGUUUAGUGUACUCGGUCUUAGUCUUCUCCGAAAAAAGGAGAAGUAGAAUUAAGCAUAUUUAAACGAUUUUGUUAGGUUAUUUACUUAUUUAGUUGUUUUUUUAACCGCCUCAGAUGUUUUUAUUUGUGAAAAAUUAUGUAAAAUAUAUAUCAAAAUUGCUAGGCCUUACGAAAUUAGCAAUGAUUUGUUUAUACCGGAAGGCUUUAUUUCAGAGUUCCUACAUAGGUAUCUAUCAAAAUGUUUGCUAGAUCACGUGAAACACGAAGAAUGUUGGGAAAAUACCCAAAUUUGCUAGACAUUACCAGCGAUUGAAAGCUUCUGUUGCUUUCGUAAUUUUCUUUAUGACGAAAUGUUAUUUAUCUUAAACCGAAAAUCACCAACUUUCCAACCAUACCAAAUACAUUGAGACUGGGCGAUACCAAAUAAUCAUACAAAGUGGUGAAAACACUAAACAAUAGGGCAAUUUUGACAUUUUUCUUAUUGAUAAGGUCAGGAAAAUUAUAAUUUAUUAUAUUUUCUAACUUACUUUUAUAAGAAUUUACUAAAGAAAUGGUUAAGAAAACCAAAUAAAACAUUUUUUUCCUUCAAAUAUGAACAUUUUCGCCCAAUCCUCACCCACACCAUCCCUUAAAUACUUUAACAACUUACAAAUAUAUUUUUAAAAAAACCACAAGUAUUCAAAAGAUGUUCAUCUAGCAGAAGUCACCGCAAUCUCAUUUUGGCAAAAAAUAACCAAAGUAUCGAUUUUUUUCACCUUUAGAGCUUUCAAAAUUUGUUUAAAUGAAAGCUUAUAUUUAUAUAUAUGCAAGAAAUAUUAAUUCUUUUCUGGUGAGUGGUGGAUUUCUUGAAAGGUUAAAAAUGUAUUUCUUUGAUUUUCUCAUGGAAAAGGUUAAAAGAAUUAAACAUAAUUUUUCUAUUUUAUUAGCCUUUUUUUGCAUUCAUGUAUUUCAGAUUGAAUGCCAACAAUUCCACAGAGAUAAACAGAUCACUAUUGUUGGAAAAGAUGUUCCUAAUCCAAUUUUCACAUUUGAUGAGGGCAAUUUCCCAGGUGUGUAUUGUUAGCAAUAUAAAUGUUAUAUUUUUAUUUGACAUGGAAAGAUAGGUCGGUUCAAAUUGUAGCAAUUUCAUAUUACAAACAACAAAUAAUGGAGUUAGGGACAGAAUUAAACGAAUAAGAUGAUUCUAUUAAGUCAUUAAUGCUAAAAUUACUUUUAUUUAUUUUCUUUUGCGCAGACUAUGUUAUGAACCAGAUAAAAAGAAAUAGUUGGCAGGCGCCAACAUCUAUUCAGAGCCAAGCAUGGCCAAUUGCUCUCUCUGGCAGAAAUUUAGUAGGAAUUGCUCAGACUGGAUCAGGAAAAACUCUUGGGGUAAAAAGUUAAACACGAUUAUGUAAUAAUGGAUCAUUAAUUUAUAAUUGCCUAAAGCAUCAUCUUUAGUCAUAGCUUAACUUUUAUAUUUUAAGUAAUACUAAAACGAUGCUAAAUUAUUAAAACCAUGAAAACUUUCCUUUAGUCCUCAGUAGGCCUUAAAGGUAUACAAUAUGGGACAUAUUUUAUCAAAAAUUAUAUUUAGUAAAAUCGAUGUUGCACCAGUAGCAUUAAUUUUAUCUUGUAUUACAGUUCAUGCUUCCAGCAAUCGUGCAUGUGAAUCAUCAACCCUAUCUCGAACAUGGUGAUGGACCUAUUGUAAGUAUAAAAAAUUUUUUAUGAUGUAUGCUAAACCUUUUUAUGUAUUCCAUACAUUACGAUUAUUAAUACAGUGGUCUUAUAUACGCUACCCCAGCCUAGGGUUGGUUUCACAGUGCUUCACAUAAAAAUAUUGGCAAAAAUAAACAAGACAUUAAAAGAUGUUGCAUAAAUUUAAUUAAUUAAAAACAGCUUUAUAAAUUAUUAAAAAUAUUUACCCCGCCCACCCCAGGACUAUUUACACGGUAUGCCAUGGACAGCACCCAAGCAUCGUUUAUAGGUCAGAGUGGGGUGGGAAAUACAUGUAUAUUUUUCCAUUAUAAAAUUAGCUAGUUCUCAUAUGGUCACAGAUUUAAUGUAUCAUUUUAUUUCACAAGGUACUAGUGCUGGUACCCACCAGAGAGCUUGCUCAGCAAGUGAUUGAAGUUUCUAAUGAAUUUGGGAGAUCUUCUCAAAUCCGUUCAGCCUGUGUAUAUGGAGGAGCACCCAAGGGGCCGCAACUUCGGGACUUAGAAAGGGGUAGGUAGUCAUUUUAAAAAAAUUAUCACAUGCGUCUGUAUGUUUUUUUACCAUGUACUGAACGAUUUGUGUUGUUUUAAAUUAAUAUUGUGCAUAUUUUUUGUAGGUGCUGAAAUUUGCAUUGCUACUCCAGGGCGUCUGAUUGAUUUCUUGGAAGCUGGUAAAACUAAUCUUAGGCGUACCACCUAUUUAGUUUUAGAUGAAGCUGACAGGAUGUUAGACAUGGGAUUUGAACCUCAGAUACGGAAAAUCCUUGAACAAAUUAGAGUGAGUUUAAGAUAAUAUACAUCUUUUUAAAAUAAUCAGGUAACAUAAGAUCAAAUAGUAGUUAAUAUAGUUAAUGGUUUCCUACUUCUGUGUAUUAAUAUUGGUUUGUUUUAAAAAAUUCAUAAUCACACAAUCUGUUUUCCUUUUUUUGAAAGAUUCAUGUUGAUAGAAGGGGUUUUGGGAAUAAAUGUGUUGCAAUCAUUUAGACCGAGAUUUUGUUCACAGCCUGACCGCCAGACUUUGAUGUGGAGUGCCACGUGGCCCAAAGAAGUUCGCCGGCUUGCAGAGGAAUUUUUAAACGACUACAUCCAGGUGAACAUUGGUGCCCUGCAACUCACAGCUAACCACAACAUUCUACAAAUCAUCGAUGUAUGUAUGGAACAUGAAAAGGAAGAGAAGUAAGUUUAUACAUAAUUCCAUUAGAUUAUGAGAGACUAUUAGCUGUAGUUGUGAACUUAUGCUUGGUGGCAUGGCGAUGACAAAUUUUUCAAAUAAAAUCUUUUCAAUUUAAAGCAUACAUUUGAAAUUUAUAAUGACUUCUGUCACCUGUCAUGUUAUCUGAAACAAAAGGAAUAUGCUGUGUGGUUUGCCUGCACUCCAUCUUUCAUUUUUUUUUACUUCAUAGCAUGAGAUGUGUAGGUUUGAUUUGUUGCAAGGUUUAUUGCAUCAAGAUUAGGGCUAGGCCGGCUUAAAAGCUGAAAAGCUGAGUUUUUACAUUUUUUUUAGAGCAAAGCAAAGCAUUUUAAUUAUUAAGGAUAAAGCCUUACAUUUUUGCAUGAUUUUAGCUUAGUUCUGGUAUUUGUGUCAACUUUAUGAAUAUAUUUUUUGUUUCAGAUUAGUCAAGCUUUUAAAUGAAAUCAUGCAGGAAAAGGAAAACAAGACAUUGAUUUUUGUUGAAACAAAGCGUAAGGCAGAUGAUAUAUCAAGGAGAAUGAAACGAGAUGGGUUAGUUGUUUUUUUAAAUUUAUAAAAUUUUCCAUUUUCUUAUUCUUAAAGUGUGCUUCAAAGCAUUUUGUGACCUUAGCAUUAACACCAAAUAAUCAGGUAGUUAAAAACUAUUGAACCAUAAUGUUACACUUGUGAACAUCUUAGAACAUAAUCCUUGUAUUUAGUGAUUCCUGGUAUCAUUUCAAGUUUGAAAUCAUAAACUUAGGGAAAUCUAAUUCACCUUCUAUAGCACAAUUUCUACUAGACCAGUACGUUUGUUUAUUACGCAUUGGCAUUUUACUUUAGAUCAUAAAAGGGCAUUGACAGUCUUUACUUACAUUUUAUAUCUUGCUUGAAUUUUCUGAAUAUUUAUAUUAUUUACAGGUGGCCUGUAAUUAGUAUCCAUGGAGACAAAUCUCAACAAGAAAGAGAUUGGGCAUUAAAUGGUAAUGACUGCUUUUUUAUUGUGACUUUGUAUAUAGUUGACAGGGUGGGUUGACUAAUACACUGGUCCCCUCUGGAUUUAGUAUAUUUAUUGUCCCAAUGUUGUGUGGGCGAGCAAACAAUGGUGGAAGGUUAACCUCAUGCUCCCGAUUGUUACCCAGCACAAAUGCAGUUUAGGGUAGAGUGCCAAGGGGUACUGCCAUGUAGAUACAAUUUACCUGCACUACACACUCUUAAAUAGAGUUGAUAGAUUAAAAUUCCUGCCUAUGUAGAAGGCUUGUACGUAAAUAUGAAUUACACCACACAAAGGUAAAUUUUAGAUGAUUAAUUUUUUAGUGAUGGGAGAUAUCAUGAUCAAUUCAAAUAACUAGAACAUAAAUCCAUGAUAGGGUAUGAAAAUUAUAUUGUGUUUUGGAGUGUGUACAAUAACCUUAUCUUGUUUCCGACUCAGUAUUUGUGUCCAUCUCCAAACAUUGCGGUAAACUAUUAUGUUUAUUCUUCCAGAUUUCAGAAAUGGUAGGAAUCCAAUUUUGAUAGCCACUGAUGUAGCCUCAAGAGGCUUAGGUAUGUUUUUUUUUAAAAAUUGUAUUUAUUUGUUUAAUUUUGCAAUUUUAGUUUUUAAUUUAAGUUAAAUUUGUACAUCUAAUUCAAGUUAUUCAUUAAAAGUUUAGAUAAAAUUUAAAUGCCUUGUCUAUUAAUUCCACAAUCUGCUGUAUUUUAGUGUGUAUAAUGCAAGAUAUAUUGGGUGCAAAUGAAAAAAAUUCAGGUUCACAUUAUGGAUGUCACAGCCAAACUGACAGUAAAUGAUAUAUACUAAUUAAUGCAUAUGCAACAAAAUCAUUGAAUCUGCACAUAAAGGAUGUUAUGCACAUGACAGGAUAUAAGGGUAGCUGUAUUGAUAUGACCAGGGUUCAUUUUAAAUAUUUUAUUUUAUAGGAUUUGCAGAUAUUUUAAAAUCAACAUUUCUUUUGUUAAUUCUUAUUUAAUUGUAUUAUUAAUUUUGUGGAACAAGAUUAACAAUCAUAUUAUAGACAUUUGGGGACUUUUAUAUAUACCUUUAAGACUUUUUCAAACAAAAAAUUAAGUUUUGCAUUGUACCCACUAUUAAACAGUACUCAUUCAUCCAUAUGAAGUUUGUUCAUUCCUAGUUGUUUAAGCUAAAAUAGCUAUAUUUUUUAAAAAAAGUAAAUUUAAUAAUUUGAUGUUAUUCUUGGUUCAGUUCAAUACUUGUAUGCGUAUGUGCACUAUUAAUAUAUAUCAAUGGUAGGUUUUGAUUUAAUAUUGUUUUCUUUCACAGAUUUAUUUAUAGUCUACCUGGUUAAUUGCCUAUUACUCAAGGGUUUAGCAAUAUUGUUCAAUAAAAAGAAACCAAGAACAUUGUAUGUUCAAUACAAAAUGAGUGCUUUUGAAGUGGUGUCCUGGCACAUCAAUCUUAAGUUCACAUUUUAAAUUGUUUCUUUUAUUUUUAAUCCUAGUUUGUGAAAUAAGGAAGCGGUGAUUGAUGGCUGAAGCUGACUGAUUCAUAGACACACUACCAUCUUCCCACUGUGGGCACUGACAGGGAGUGGCGUUCAUAAUGAUCUCGAAGCCAAUGCCAGUCUUUAGCUUCUUUGGGAGCAUUGGGGCUGGCCAGGUAGUGCGCGCCGAGCGUAAGUACUGAGUGGCAAUGACAAGGGGUGGUGAGAGAUAACUAAUUCAGGCAGUUGUCAUCACAAAGAAGCAUGUGCAGGCAUCAGGACACAAUGUUCGCCUAAAAAUAUUAAAAGUUUCUAACGGGCUGUGAAAUUAUAUUUUUUGCUUCUUAUUUCAAAUUUUUUUUUUAAUGGAACAAAGCGCAGAGUAAUGUAUAAGUGAUGCUGCUUGGGAAUUCAUCAUUAACACCACCAUGUAUAAGGAUAAAUAUUGCCACCAGUUCAUGUAAACGCUUGGAAGGCACGGUUCUCGAGAGAGUUCAACGCUAUCUCUGUGUUAAGACACAAUGUUGUGGGCAUAGACAUUUUAUCAUCUUUCAAAUAAGUCGAUAGCUUGUCAGUUGAUUUUGCCGCUUAGUAAAAAGUGUAGAGAUAAAUGGACGAAGGUGUGGGUGAUGUAGUCGGUAUUCUAAAUUCUGCUUUAAUGAUUGCAGUAUUGAAAGUUGCCUUCUAUUUCACCCCUCUAGUUUCUUUACUUUGUUUAACAUGAAACUUAUUCCCUCAGUUUCAAUUUUAAAGCAAGAUGACCCCCCAAGGCCUUCAGUGCUGUAAUCUUAAAGUGGGCAAUUAGUUAUCUGGUUCUGAAUUUUAUUUUCCAAUGUUCUCAGAUGUAGAAGACAUCAAAUUUGUCAUCAAUUUUGAUUACCCCAACUGCUCUGAGGAUUAUGUACAUCGCAUAGGCCGCACUGGUCGAUCUACAAAUACUGGCACAGCAUACACAUUCUUUACACCAAGUAACUCCAAACAAGCUACAGAUUUGGUCAAUGUACUUAGAGAAGCUAAGCAGGUUAUUAGUCCUAAACUCUUGCAACUUGAAGAGAGUUCCAGAGGAAUGCGUGGCGGUGAGUUAUUAAUUCUUAUUUAUACACUCUACAGUAAUUUUUGUACUGACAUUGUAAUUACAUUAUAAUGCUAAAAUUCAUUUUUUACAAUUUUUGCAGGAAGAGGACGUUGGAGAGGUCAAGAUGGUGGUGGUAGAGGAGGUGGUAGAGGUGGAGCUGGAAGUCGAUUCAGUGGAGGAUCAAGAUUUUCUGGCAGCAGCAACUUUACUAGUGGAGGCUUUAAGGCUCAAAAUAGUUACAAUGGUGGUGGCUUCAAGCCUCAAAGCAACUUCAACAGUAUGAAUGGCUACGGUGGUAGUAGUAACACAAGCACACAAAAUGCAGGGCAAAAGCCUUUUCAAAAUGGGAAUGCUGGUGGCUUUAAAGGCCAGUGGAAUCAAAGUGGAUCAACAAUGGGUGGUGUAACUGCUGCAUCCCUAUCAUCUAUACAGCCUCCUCCUGGUCCACCUCCAACAGGAAAAUUUGCUUAGAUAGGAUCUUUGUUGGUGUUGCAAAUACUUUUUUUUUCCCCCCUUUUCAAAGGAAGUCGGACAGACAUCUAUUUAGUAUUUCUGGAUGAAGAGUAACAUUAGAUUGUUAUUUAAGUAAAUAUUUUUUUUUACUAAUUUCAAAUUGAAUUAUGGAAUUUGUUGCAUACUUUUCACUAUCUGAUUUUAAACUUAUGGUCAUAGUUAUUCUCUGAAAUUGCUUCAAAUUUAAAUGGCUUAAAAAAUUAAUUAUUUUUUUUUGUUUUUUUAAUCGUUAAACCGGUUCUGAGCUUGUGCACUUUUACUCUGUAUUUUUUAACGCUAUAUUUUUGUAUUAUUUAGUAUUUUAAGAGUAACACACUUUGAUUAUAUAAUACUUCAAUUUCUAGUUCAUUUUUUUUUCCAAUGUUAUAAAUUUGUAGGUAAUUAAAUGAGUAUUUAAAUAUUUUAAAUGGAUGUUAUUUUUUGUGUGUUAAUUUUGAAAUUAGGUUGAAAUAGCACAUGGUAUGAUGUACAGCAGUCUAAUUGUUCAAGAGCUUUUUACCAAAGUCUCCCAUACCUGGAGUUCAAUAAUUUGAAAGAAACCUAGAUAUUUAGGAUUAUGUAUAAUUAUAGAAGGGAAAUAUUAAAUACAGAGUGGUUGGUAAUUUGUUUUUAAGUGUUAUGUACCGGUAAUAUUGCUUCCUGAAUGGAAGAUUGGGAUCAAAGUACAUUAUUUACACUUAGAGGAUAAGUAAUUAUUGUGCACAAAUUUAUCAAGCUGUUGUAUAGACGUUGUAAUAAAAUUGGGUAAAUUGUUACAUUCUUUGUUGAAUAGUUGUUUUUUUUCAAGAGUGGUAUGUUACCGGGUGGGGGGGCGCAACCAUUUCAGCAGGGGGCAAAAUUUCAGAAAUAUUUUUUUGUUACCGGUGCUUGAAACUCAUUUGGGAUUUGAUGUGCUUGAAACAACUAAAAAGCAGUUCGCACGCCAAAGUCUUUCCAAAUAAUGAAGCCAUUCACACCAACUUGAUGGAAUUUCUCCUUUAACUCUGCAUCACAACACAUUUCACAAUGUUCCAUUAGUAAUCUUUCUUGGUAAUAACUUCACGUCUAUCGUUAAUGAUAAUUGCUUGCAAAUGAACAAAAAAGCACAUGUUUUUUUAAAGUCCUGAAGUCUGUUUUCAAAUUCGAGGUUUAUUGUAUUUUCCAAUGUUCUCAACACGCCUAGUAAUAGUCUGACAAGAAAGACUUAUUUUAGAGAGAUCAUUCUUUUCUGUACACAGUAUUUCAAUAACGCUCUCCAAACAUUCCUUAAUUUCACCAUGUGGCUUUGAUUAUUUUACUAGUAUUAGUAUCAUGGCUACUGCAUAACUAGCUUUUAAUUAACUUUUACAUAUGUUGACUUGGUACCCGCUCUAGUAAAAAAUCUUUUGUUCUGCAGCUCAUCUUUUGUUGUGCAGCUUUUUUUAAAAAAAAGUCAUUUACUUGGUCUUGUUGAAAUUACCCUUUGUACUUUACUUAUCAAACUUA